AUGUUCAUCCUUUGCUCUCAUACCUUUAUGAUAGUUGCAAUUGUCUGUAGCCAUGUCUCCCCCGUCACUGCCGACCUCCUCCAACUUCUCCCCUCCCUCCGUCUCAUCUGCGCCCCUAGCGCAGGGACUGAUCACAUUGAUCUCUCCGAGUGUCGCCGUCGGGAUAUCCAGGUCGCCGAUAUCGGAAAUCUUUUCACCGACGAUGUUGCUGAUAUGGCCGUGGGUUUGUUGAUUGACGUCAGCAGGAAAAUUACCGCGGCCGAUCGCUUCUUGAGACGACAGAUUCAACCUUCCUCUUCCGAUUUUCCACUCGGUUCUAAGUUGACAGGUAAAAAGAUUGGAAUUGUUGGGAUGGGAAAAAUUGGGUCAGAAGUAGCAAAGAGGCUUGAAGCAUUCAGCUGCAAGAUAUCAUACAACUCUAGGAACAAAAAACCAUUACUUUCAUACCAUUACUCUAUGAACCUGUUUGUUCUUUUGAUGUUUUUAGGCCAUGCUCGUGUGAUUAGUGAUCAAUAAGUUGUAUGAAUAAAAAAGUUUUUCAUUGUGAUUCUUAUGAGAAAUUCUCUCAACUCUCAGCAUCGUUAGCAGAUUUGGAAAAAUUUACUACUAAAUUUUGAUAAUUGUUUUCUUACC